AUGCCCGAGAAGCUAGGACCUCACAGAUCUUGGGGCGGCGACGACAAGGAAGGCUCCAGCCGGCGGCAAUCUAACGCCCACAAACUUUCUACCAUCAACUAUCCCGGACUCUACGCUGUGACGCAGCCGAACGCUCCCAUCACUUCGCCGACCGCGCGCUCGUCGACGCGUGCGACGCCUGGUCCGUCUCGCGCCCAGUACCCCAACCCGUCCGCGAGCAUGCCGCCGCGCGCCGUGUCAGCGCCGGCGUCAUUCUCGCCUCAAGUCGGGGGUAGCCAGCCACUGCCGCCAACCUCUCAGCACCCACCGAUGGCGACCCUCGCUACGCACGUCGCCCCCGCCGCGCCACAACAUCAUCCGCAAGCGCCUCACCAUCAGGCACAGUUGCCUCAAGGCAUCCCAAACCCGCCGCAUUCCGAGAUGCACAAAGCGGGCAAAUGGUGUUGGGUAGACCUAUCAAGGGGCUGGGUAUGGGCCUGGGUACCCAACGUCCCGCCGCCUCCGGCUGUCCUCGUGCCGGCCAAUGCUCUUCGGUGGUCGCGCAAACCGCAGAUGAGGCCAUGGGGCUCAACUGGCAACAUCAUAGUCACUACUUCGCCGGUCGGGGAUUGGCGUCAGUGUGCUGUCAUGGCCCUGGCCGUCGACAGUCGAUGGUACUGGGUGCACGCUUGGGUACCGAACGUACCCCCAGGCCCACCGCCGGAUACCUUCUCAGUGUACGAAUGGGCUCGUCACGGCCCGCCGCUGACGUCGUAA